AUGCGCUCCAGUCCUCAUCAUCUCUCGCAUGACAUCAAAGACAUUCUCGAGAAGCAUGGCGUCAAGCUCUCACCCGGUUGUUCCCAAGAGCUCACCCGAUACCUCAACGACAAGCUCGAGGCGCACUCCAUCCCUUUCGACCCCAAACGUCCCAACCUCCAGGCGGAUCUCGACAACAGUGCUCGGCUUCGCGAUAGGAGGGCUCAGCUCAAAGACCAGGGCGCGACUUCGAACUCACCCGCGAAGACGCUUCAUCGAUCGAACCCCGACACCUUCUCGCGGUUCGGCAAGCCUCGCAACAUCAACGAGUCUUUCAUGGACAUUCCGUGGAACGAUCCAGUCUCGCCAUCCAUGUUGCAACCGCCGAUGCCCGUCAGCGUGAACUCGCUGCUUCAGGGCUGGCCUCUGAAAGAGAAGUCGGUCGCAGCUGUGAAGACGCCGACCAAGGUCAAGAAAGAGCAGUCUGCACAGGCCGAGAUCCAGAACUCCGUUAAGUUCGCGAAAGAGCCUGCCGUCAAGGUCGAGAUCGAUCGACCCAUUGAGACUAAGAUUGGAUCGGCCAACAUCAUGAAGCCGACCUCAGUGGAACGAGAGCGCGACGACGACUACCUCGAUGUCGGUGAAGAAGAGAUUAUCGAGCGCGCACCCGUCACUAUCACUAAGGACAGCCUCGUCAAGGUAGAAGAUAGCGUUGGCAGCGACGUCCAGCGCCACAACCAGAUUCGUCGCACCGCCGACUCCAAGUCUCCGCCUGCGCCUGCCAUCAAGGCCGAAAAGGCCACGACCACGAGCGCCAAGCGCACCCUCAUCGCUUUCGAAGAGAUGGACCCCGACGCCGUCUCCUUCACUUCUGGCAACCUCGGCACUAUCAAGAAGACCCGCCCUGCUGCCAACCAGGUACCUUCCUCCACACCCGCUAUCAAGGCCGAGGACGCCACCUCCGGCUUUCAGAGCUCCAUCGGCUCGUCCAAGUCGUCGGGCUUUCACUCUUCCGUUUCGGGUAUCAAAAGUGAGUUGCAGGAAACGCCCGACACCACGUACUUUGGCGAGUCGCAGCAGACUCUGGGCCGGUCGCAGAGCCCUUCCAGCCAGACACAGGGUUUCUCGAACUCUUUCUCCCGCAGCCGCUUCGGCAGCCAAUCUUUCCUGAGCCCUCCCGGCUCAGCGAAUUCACAGACGUCCGGACGCGUCGAGAUCAACCCGCGUCGCUCUGCUCGACUAUCCCAGGCCAGGACGACCACUGCCGACUCGUCAGCCCCCUCAGCUUCCGCGCCCUCUGCUCCUCCAGCUCCGUCUCCUACCCCAUCUUCUGCCUCCUCUGUUGGUGUCAAGCGCCGUCGCUCCGCCAGCCUUACAGACGAAGUAGAGCAAGUAGAGCGCCAGGGUCGCAACAAGAAGUUCGUGACCAAGGAAGUAGUGGCAAAGCAGCGCGAGGCUCGCCACAAUGAGGAUGCAAAGUACAACAAACGCAGUAGCGCCCAACGUCGUGCCUCGGUGCUUCGUCGCCGCCCGAUUUGA